GAGUCAGGGAAGAGCACAUUCCUGAGAAUGGCUCAGCCCGAACCAGAUGGGCCCUGGGGAGGCUGACAGGAGGGUCCGCCCUUCAGGACUCUGACUUCAGCAAGGCUUCCCCUGGAAUAGCUUCCUUUGAGGCCUCCGGUCAACCUUGGAGGCCCCGUCUGCCUUCAGGACCUUUGAGAGAGGAAGACAUGGGUGAAUUCUGACAAGGAGGCUUUCACAGUUGCAAAUGGGCUCCAUCCAACCAUCGUCUCCUCAGACACUGAGAAAAGUCCUGGCUGGCCCAGUGGCAGUUCGCUCUGCCUGAGGUAGAAUGGAGGGCUGGGGAAAGUUGAACUCUCCUUCGGAGAUGAAGCAAGAGCGGGAGCCAGGACUGAAUCAGGUGAGCGGGCUCCAACUUCCGAGCUCUGGCCACCUGCACAGGGGGACCCGGGAGUUGGGGAAGUGGCCACAGGCCCUUGCAGAGUUGACCCAUCUGGGGGGUUCCUUGAAGGCAGAAAUUCCCCCCAUGGGGGGUGGGCUGCAAAGCCCUGUCCAGGGCAGGGAGUGGACCGUGAUGGGGAAGACACUGCAGGAUCUGGCGGACUCUGAAAGAGGCCGGAGCAGCAGAGCAGCAGCGGAUGAAGCCUUUGACCCAGAGCCUGGAAACGCAAAGCUCUAGCUGAUUCCAAGGGGCCUGGAGCGAAAAGGUGCCCCGUUUUCUGGGGAUGCUCACUCUCCUGGCCUGGAACCCCUUGUCCCCUCCCCUCCCAAGAACCUGAUUGUUCCCUCCCCUCCCGAGAACCUGACCACCUCCUGGCUCCUGCCCCACCCUGGCCUCAUUCCGGAGACCUCGGAGGAGGUGGACAGAGGCAGCCCCCAGAGGAGGGGGCGGAUGUGCUCAGAGGCCUCAGCUCAGGCUGAGUGGGAAGCUGUGCUUUUCUUAGGAAUUUUCUCAUCCCUGAGUUCUUUCCAGCUCACUUCAUUUCUCUCCUCUCGGCCCAACCUGAGCUUUGGCCAUCUGCGCACUGAUCUGAGGCCAGGGGGAGGGAGGCCAGGAAGAGGAUGGACUCACUGGGGACUUAACUGUGCUGCAGGCUGCCUGGACUACUCCACUGUCUCUCAUUAACUCCCACAGUCCGAAGAGGCGGAUGCUAUUAGCGCCAUUUGACAGAUGAGAAAACUGAGGCUCAGGGAGAUAAAGGUGACUUGCCCCUAAGUGGCCGAGCAAGAAUUUCAGCUCUGGAUCAAAUGUUUUGUCCGCCCUACUGCCGCAGCCUCCCCCCGCCCCCCCGCUCCGCCGCACCCCCGCUUAAUUGAUAGACUAUAAUGGUAGAGCAGAUUUAGAUUUACAGAAAACCUGAACAGAAAGCACAGAAGGUUCCAAGGCACACACCGCCCUGGCAGGCCCCCCUGGUGGGUAAAUCUUGCACUUAGUGUAGUGUUUGCCGUACAACCUCUUCUCAGAGGUGCUGGUUCUCCAGCCCUGAACCACAGCUGAGAUUAGAACCUGAAUCUACCCCACGUACCAGUAUUGCAGGGUGGUGGGUCAGGGUUUGAAAGGGCCUGACUACCGUCCCUGGUGGGCUGUGAGAGUUUAAUCCAGAACGGGUCUUAAUCACACAAGAGCGUGUGUUCCAGGGAAGGGCUCGUCUAAUCUCCUCCAUCAUCCCGGAUCAAGUCUGGGAAGGCAGCCAAGCUGAACUCGGCUCUGUUGUCCCAGGAGGGGAGACUAGGACUAAUCCUCCUCCUGUCCUCUUGCCAGAACCUCCCUUCCAGGUUUGGGGUGGGAGAUACAAGGAAGGAGGAGGAGGAGGAGGAGGCUGACAGCAGCUGGAGGAGAGGGUCAAGGCCAGGCCCUGGGGUAGAGGUGAGGGCCUCAGAGGGCCUCUGAAGGCCCCUCAAGAGUGGCUGUUUUUCCUGAGGACCAGUGCCCUGGGCACAGGAACCAGUCAAUCAGCUAUGGGUCUGGACUUUUGGGGUCUGGCUGCUUCUACCACUUCCGUCCCCAUCCCUGUAUUUCCUCAAGUCUCCUUCCUUUGGGCCUACAGUCCCAGAUGCAGGAAUGCUCCAUCCCAACCCAAGGGGGUCUCUGACCCUGGGGAUAUUCCUAGUCUUUGACCCACUGCGUACACACACACACACACACACACACACGAGUGUUGCUUAUGUGCACCCAGCUCCAGCCUAUUCCUAGAGACGUGUGUAUGCACGUGCACCGACACAGGCCUCGUGUCCUUCCUCUCUCUGCCCCAGAGUCACACUGGUGCUACGAGAUUCAAGCCCAGGCCUCCAACUAUACUUGCUUGGGGCCUAGCCAGUGGGGUGAAGACUGCCAGAAGAGCCGCCAGUCCCCCAUCGACAUUGUCACUACAAAGGCACAGGUAGACCCAGACUUGGGACCCUUCUCCUUCUCUGGCUAUGACAAGAAGCAAAAGUGGAAAGUCCAGAACAAUGGGCAUUCAGUGAUGGUGCUGCUGGAGGGUGAGGCCUCCAUCGCUGGAGGAGGACUGGCUGCCCGGUACCGGGCCACACAGCUGCACCUGCACUGGUCCGAGAAGCCGGAUAGGGGCUCAGAGCAUACCCUCGAUGGCAGGCGCUUUGCCAUGGAGAUGCACAUAGUCCAUGAGAAAGAGAAGGGGACAUCGAGGAACGAGAAAGAGGCCCAGGGCCCCAAAGAUGAGAUUGCAGUGCUGGCCUUCUUGCUGGAGGCCGGAUCUGAGGAGAAUUAUGGUUUCCAGCCCCUGGUGGAGGCACUGGCUUAUGUCCCCAGACCCAAGAUGAACACCACGAUGAAAGAGAGCAUCAGCCUGUUCGACCUAAUCCCCAAGAAGGAGAAACUGAGGCAUUACUACCGCUACCUGGGCUCCCUCACCACUCCAGGCUGCCAGGAGACAGUUGUCUGGACCGUGUUCCAGGAGCGCAUUCAGCUCCGCAGGGAUCAGAUCUUCGCCUUCUCCAAGAAGCUGUACUAUGAUAAGGAGCAGACAUUGAGUAUGACAGAGAAUGUCAGACCCUUGCAGCCGCAGGGGCAGCGACACGUGUUCAAGUCUCGGGCCCCAGGACAGCUGCUGCCCUUGCCCUUGGCCACCAUUCUGGUCCCCACGCUCACCUGCCUGAUGACUGGCUUCCUCCGAUGAGCGAUCCCUUCUGGACACUUGACCUCUGCUCUCAGUGUGUAGAGGCCUGGGGCCUCUAUUCCUCAGGCUUCCUAGCAUGGAUUUUGAUGAUGAUUAAAGGGAUAUAUUUUUGGAGAAA